GGGAGUCUGGCCACCAUGCCACCUCCUCUCCUCCUCUUCUUCCUCCUCUUCCUUACCCCCAUUGGAGUCAGGCCCCAGAAAUCACAGCUGGUGAAGGCUAAAGAGGGAGGCAGUGCUGUGCUGCCGUGUCUCAAGGGCUCCUCACACAGUACCCCCGAUCCGCUGGCCUGGACUCAGGAGUGCCAGUCAGAACCCGUGUUACAUCUGAGCCAAGGCCUGGGCAUCCUGCUGCUCAUCUCCAACAUCUCUGACCAGACGGGGGGCUUCUACCUGUGCCAGCAGGGGCCCCUUUCUGAGCAGGCCUGGCAGCCUGGCUGGACAGUCAGCGUGGAGGGCAGCGGGGAGCUGUUCCGGUGGAAGGCUUUAAACCUAAAUGACCCAGGCUGUGACCUGGGGAACAGGUCCUCAGAGGACCCCAGGCCCUCUUCUGAUCGCCUCAGAAGCUCCCAGCUGUAUGUGUGGACCAAAGGCCACCCUGAGCUCUGGGAGACAGACCGUGCAUGUGUCCCACCUGGGGGCAGCCCAAACCAGAGCCUCAACCAAGACCUCACGGUGGCCCCUGGCUCCACGCUCUGUCUGCCCUGUGGGGUGCCUUCUGCCUCUGUGGCCAGAGGACCCAUCUCCUGGAUCCACGUGCAUCCCAAAAAGCCUAACAUCUCAUUGCUGAGCCUAAACCUGAGUGAGGAUGCUCCCGCCAGAGAGAUGUGGGUCCUGGGCACCCUCAGGGGAGGGGCUGUUCUGUGGCUGCCUCGGGCCACAGCUCAAGAUGCUGGUACCUAUCACUGUUACCAUGGCAACACAACCAUUGAGAUGCAGCUGAAAGUCACUGCCCGGUCAGCAGUGCGGCACUGGCUGCUGGAGACUGGUGGCUGGAGAGUCCCUGUUGUGACUUUAGUUUAUCUGAUCUUCUGCAUGGGUUCCGUGGCCAGCUUUCUUUGUCUUCGGAGAGCCCUGAUCCUGAGGAGAAAAAGAAAGCGAAUGACUGACCCUGCCAGAAGAUUCUUCAAAGUGACGCCUCCCCCAGGAAGCGGGGCCCACAACCAGUACGGGAACGUGCUCUCCCUUUCCACGCCCACCUCUGGCACGGGACGCUCCCUGCGGUGGGCUGCGAGCCUGGGGGCCGCCGUCCAGUCCUACGGAAACCCGUACAACGAAGUCCAGGAGGCUGGAGCUGCGGGGUCCCUGAGCCCGACAGGAGCUGGCCCAGAAGGGGAGGCCUAUGAGGAGCCGGACAGUGAGGAGGGCUCCGAGUUCUACGAGAAUGACUCCAACUUUGGGCAGGACCAGCUCUCCCAGGAUGGCAGCGGCUACGAGAACCCUGAGGACGGCUAUGAGAACCCUGAGGACGGGGCCUUGGGUCCUGAGGAUGAAGACUCCUUCUCCAAUGCAUCUGAGUCCUAUGAGAACGAGGGUGACGAGCUGGCCCAGCCAGUAGCCAGGACAAAAGACUUCCUAAGCCCCCAUGGGACAGCCUGCGACCCCAGCCGCGAAGCAACAUCCCUUGGAUCCCAGUCUUAUGAGGAUAUGAGAGGGAUCCUGUAUGCAGCCCCCCAGCUCCGCUCCCUUAGGGCCCAGCCUGGUCCCAGUCAUGAGGAAGAUGCAGAUUCUUAUGAGAACAUGGAUAAUCCUGAUGGGCCAGAACCAGCAUGGGGCCACAUGGGGACCUAGCGCACUCAUUGCUUCCCUUCAGCACAGUUCCAUAGCCUGGGCCUCCUCAGGCUCCUGAGAUCCCCACCGGACUCUGAAAUCUCGGGACCCAAAGCAGACAAUGCCAACCUCGAGCACCGUUGCUCAGAAUGUGUAUAUCUGUGUGUGUUGUGUACAGAAGUGAAACUUCCAGUCCUCUUUGCACUACCCAAAUAAACUCCAUGAGCUCUUCCAA